AUGGCUCCGCGGCUGAAUUUGGGCUCCCAUGCCCUCCUCAUCCUGGGCCUUUUGCUCGUUCUGCUGCCGGCUCAGACCUACGCCUUUGGCGCUGGAAACAUCGCAUCGAUCUCCGCCGUGGAGGGCAAGAACUGGCGCCAUGGAGACAUUGAAGAUAUGCUUAAGACGGUCGCCUUUAUCAAAGGACACAAGUGGACUUCCACCAUGGUCAAGCGCGUCUACUUUGGUAACUGGUUGCGUGAUUACUCGCAGGCCAUGGAUGUCGGUACUCUCAAGAACCUACAAGCCGAUACUAUCCGUAUCCUUGUUUGGAUUCUGUCUUUCAUGACCUUCGGAUACGCGACGGCGGAGUUCGAGGUCACCUCCGAGAGACUCGGUGUUUACCGCCCUGAGGAGCAUAUUGACAACCCUAAGGACUAUGCGGACAACCAGGAUGCGCGCCAGUACGACAAACGCUUGCGUGGGCCGAUCCGCCAGGUGGAACUCGAGAUCGACCCUGAAACCGGCAUGAAGAACUACAUCGCCAACGAAGGUGGGGACUGGACGACCAGCUCCGGAUAUAUCAAGUACAGCCUGGCUCGGAGCAUUCACUAUGGGCGGACCUACACCCACGGCAGCGACAAGGGCAACGAGGCCGACCUUUGCGAGGCUCUGCGGUGUCUGGGUCAGGGCCUCCACACCCUGGAAGACUUCGCGGCACACACCAAUUACUGUGAGCUUGCGCUUCGUGAGAUGGGCUUCAAGAAUGUCUUCCCGCACACCGGUGUCAACACGGAACUGAACGUUCGCGGCCGCCGGGUCUUCCCGCUGGUGACAGGGACAUUCGGUAUGGUGGAUUUCUUUCAUUCUGUUCUGGGAGAAGCCACCGAUCACUUCACCCAGUCGGAAGUUAACGAGAUGGAUAUCGCUCUUGGAGAUGCUCAGAAUAACUCGUCCGCGAAUGCCCUUGGCGCUUUCACGAAUCUGUUGGGCGGGAUUCCGGGAACGAAGGAUCUCGUCGAGGAAGCCGAAGAGCUCAAGCGUCGGUCGGAGGCUCAAGAGUCCGCAAAUCGGAGCGGUGGUGCUCGCCAGGGCUAUGGCUCAAGCAGAGGCUUCGAGGAAGAUUACGGUUCCUCGCGCUCUCGCGGCUAUGAUGAUUACGAGUCCUCGCGCUCUCGCGGCUUUGACGAUGAAGAGCCUAGCAGCUAUAGGGCUGGGGAAUCAGCACGGCCUCAGUCUAGUGGAGGAUCCGGUGGCUCGGCACUGCAAGACUUUGACCCGAACAAGACCAUUGCGCAGAUCUAUCCAAUCCUCGAGUUCAGAGAUAAGGUGGUUCGUAAACUCACCUCGGUCAUUGAGAAAAUUCCUGGGCUGGAGGCCGUCGUCGAGAAGAUCACGGAGACCCUGACGGUCUUCAUCAUGUCUCUCCUCGCACCUUUCAUUCGUCCUAUCAUCAAUGCUGCUUCCAAGUCGCUGCAAACUGGCUCUUCUGGCGUGAUUGAUGCCUCUGGCCAGCAUCAGUAUGAGCCGUGGACAGACCCCGACUGUACCGAUCCAACCCACUCCAUGUUGUCCAAGGACCACUUUGCCAACAUCCUCAACGAGCCUGCUGGUCAGGUCGCAUCUGCUAUUCUCAAGUACGUGGCUCCACGCGUUCUCCAUGCUUGGGAGAACAUCGGCAUCUCGGAGGAGCAAGUGUUGGACGAUUGCUUGAAGGUGUUCCACCACCCUGCUAUUCGUGACAACCGCAACGAGGCUCACCGGACUAUGUUUGAAGCUGUCGAGACCUGGGUUCAAUCCCGAUCCGAUAGAGGCUCUAGACUUAACGACAUUCUAAGCGCCGAGGGUGUAAAAUCCGGCAAGAACACGGGUGGUGUACCCCACACCCAUGGCGGUAGUGGGAAUCAAUCUGGACAUAGC